AUGCUCCACACUCAGUGAACCCGUUUCAUCAUCGUAGACGUCUGUUUUGGAUCUUCUUUAGAUGUACAUCUCUCUCUUUCUCCCUCUCUUCUUAUCUCUGCCUUCCUACAGAAGGAGCAUCUACACCGUUUAAAUUUAAAACCACCAUAAAAUGGAUAGAGUGAAAGUGGACAGCGCGAUUUAGUUCAUUAUUAUAUGUAACAGGCUGUAUGUUUAUGUGUCAUGGCAGCUCCUGGUUAAAGGCCACCGUCACCGUCUCUGUGCUUCACUCCUGCAGCAUUAAACCCUCAGAUGGAAUAAAUUUCUGCACCUUGGCUUAUUUUUAAACAUGGCAGACGCAGAGCUGCAGACUUUUACCUCCAUAAUGGACGCGUUAGUGCGCAUUAGCUCUAAUAUGAAGAGUAUGGAGCGGGAGCUCCACUGUCCUGUGUGUGAGGAGAUGGUGAAACAGCCGAUUGUGUUGCCGUGCCUGCACAGUGUGUGUGUGUUGUGUGCAGCGGAGGUGUUGGUACAGAGAGGUUACCCUCCACCUGAACUCCCGCCGGAGCCCAACACACCCACGUCUAGCCCCAGCACUCGCUCACCACGACACGCUCGCCGACCACCACCUAAAACUGACCGUCUUGAGCGUGUGCUCAAAACAGUAUGUGGCACCUAUCCGGGCCGGAGACGGAAAGACAUAAUUCCACUCAAUAUGUUGUUUCCUUGUCCCACUUGUCAUCGGGAUGUGGAGUUGGGAGAACGGGGCCUUGCUGACUGCCUACGCAAUCUCACACUGGAGCGCAUCAUUGAAAGGUACAGACAAACAGUGAGUCUGGGCAGUUUGGCAGUGAUGUGUCAGUUCUGCAAGCCACCUCAAACACUGGAGGCCACUAAAGGCUGCUCUGACUGCCGGGCCAAUUUCUGUAACGAGUGUUUUAAGUUGUAUCACCCCUGGGGUACGCCUCGCGCUCAACACGAACACGUUCUGCCCACACACAGUUUCAGACCCAAGAUUCAGUUGUCGUUUUGCAUUUCAUCCUUCAAGAAUCUGCACCUUUGUGUCUGUCUCCUCAACAGGAUCAUUUUGGUGCUGGUAUGUGUUGAGCACGAUCAGGAGCGGAUGCAGUUUUACUGCCGCUCGUGUCAACGACUGUUGUGUGCGCUCUGUAAGUUGCGCCGUGUUCACAAUGGGCACAAGGUCAUGCCCAUAGCACACGCCUACCAGACUCUGAAGGAUAAAAUUACUAAGCAGAUGAACUACAUUCUGGCCCAUCAAGAGAGAGUGCAGGCCCAAAUCACACAAGUGGAGAGUGCCAUCGCUCAGACAGAGGUGAAUAGCGCUGUUGCUAAAGAGCAGCUGAAUCAGUGUGUGAACAACAUGCGUGAAGAGAUGGUCGAACGGCAGAGUGCGCUACUCAAAACUCUGGAGGAGACUCGCGCUCAAAGAUCGGAAGCUCUAAACACGCAGCUUUCAGAGAAGCAGAGCCUGAUGGACAAUGCGGGGCUCGUCAUGUACACACAGGAGCUGCUGAAAGAAAACGACCAGCCGUGCUUUGUGCAGGCUGCCAGAAUCACACAUAACCGGUUGGUUAGAGCCAUAGAGAACCUGCAGCGCUUCUCAAUCUCGGCUGAUCCCUCGUUCCGCCGUUUCCAUGUGGACAUCUCCCGAGAGCUCAAGCUAAUCAGCAGCAUGAAUUUCAUACAAGCUCCUCUGGCUCCAGUAAUCGACACACAAAAGACCCUGGCCUAUGAUCAGCUGUACUUGUGCUGGCGCCUCCCGCAGGACUCGGCUCCUGCCUGGCACUACUCCGUGGAGUUUCAGAGAAAAGAUGGCAGAGAUGGACCUUUAUGGGGUGGGGUCAAAUCAGAAGGCUCUGGAGGCCCUAACAGUCCAUGGCAGCGCAUGGACGAGGUGGGCGGGACUUGUGCAGUGAUUGACAGACUGGAGAUGGACAGCGUUUACGUGCUGAGAGUGAGAGGCUGCAACAAGGCAGGUUUUGGGGAGUACAGUGAGGAAGUUUAUCUACAUACACCUCCUGCACAAGUGCUGUCAUUUUGUCUGGACUCUCGCUGGGGGCUCCAUGCUGAGCGUGUGGCACUGGGUAAGGGGCAGACGUAUGCCCGUAGCGUGCCUGGUCUGACUUUGCUGCAGGCCGCCGACCGCGCCCUCACUUCCUUCCAUCUGACCACUGACCUCCUGGUGGCAGACGUGUCAAUCACACAGGGCCGUCACUACUGGGCAUGCUCAGUGGAGCCUGGUUCCUACUUAGUCAAGGUUGGUGUUGGUCUAGAGACAAAGCUUCAGGAAUGGUUUCACUUACCACAGGACAUGGCAAGUCCACGAUAUGAUCCUGACAGUGGGCAUGACAGUGGAGCGGAGGAUGCUCAGGACUGUCCGCCUCCAUUCUGCUUCCUCACCAUGGGCAUGGGGAAGAUCCUCAUGCCCAAAUCCGGGGCAUCUAAUGGCAUGUGUGGCCCUCUCACAGCCCCCCUGCCCCCACGCCUCGGCGUGUGCCUGGACUUUGAUAAAGGACAUGUUACUUUCUACGAUGCUCACUCUCUACGAAUGCUGUGGGACGGGAUUGUCGAUUGCUCCGCCCCUGUUUGCCCGGCCUUUUGCUUCAUUGGUGGAGGUGCGCUGCAACUGCAAGAGAUGAUAUCCAAUCGCAGCACGGAGCAAGCCCCACCUAGAAGAGUCACCAUUCAGACCCAUGCUACAAAUCUGACUGAAAAACUAAAGCCAUAAACAGUUCUAUCCCGGAAACUCUUCAGCACAUUUAAAGUCACAUUUUUUUUUCCAUAUUUCGGAUUUACAGGCAGGGCUUUAUAAUUAAGAUUUGCUCCUGCAUUAUGUCUAUAAAAUGCAGCAUGCAGAUAAUCAUGAUUUCUUGAUGCAACCCAUUAUGCUGAAAAUAAAGUAUGUCCAGUUUGGUGCAUGAAUAGUAUAAUUCGGCUAUAGGCAUACAUGACGAAUGAUUUCGCGUUCCGUUUGAAGGGUAUAAUGAUUUCUAAGCUAUUUUUUACACGCUUAGCCUGUGAAGCACUACGUUAAUAGUUUGUACAGGCUUUGACUAAUACUGGGUUAUUUGCUUUUUAUAGGAUUGUACUGUAUAUUUGCCACAUUUCAGUCUUAUUUGUUUAGAUCAAAUUUUGGUGUCAUACUUAGGAGAGUCCUGUGUGUCUGUUUUGUGCAUAACACAGUAAGAUCACUGCAUAACUGUCCAAAACGCCGCCUCAGUCUGUCAACGUCCAAUCACAGCAACCCAAACCAGAAGAAUCAAACAUCCGUUCAUGUUUGUAGAAUGCAUUUUAGCUGUAACAUAAAUGUCCGAUUCAUGAUCCUGUGGCGUUAUGGCUUUAGUCGUUAAGGCGAUUUCUAAAAGUCACAUCCCUCAGAUAAUUGUAUUUUUAAGCACACACAUCCUAAGUGUUUCUUUUCACAACGAAGCUCUUUACUGCGAUUUGCCAGCAGACGUGACGAACGGAAAACGAACAAUUUGAACAAUUCGAAUGUAACAUAUCACAGUAUUAUAGUCGUUAUUACAGCGUAUCACAAAUGUCUCAGAUAAAUAUACAGUAUACAGUAUAGUAGAAUACAAUUCAUGACUAAAUAUGUAUGAUUAUAACUGACACUGAUUUUAACAAAGCAUGUUAAAAAAAACUUAAAAUGCAAACGGAUUUUAAAAACAGAGCGAAAAACAUGUUUAUGUCUAAUAUCCAGAAUGAUCCAUAUAUCAGAUCAAUGUUUCUGCUGAUGAAUUUUUCAGCUCUGUUUACGUUUCAAUUAUAUUCUACUCCAUUUCUAUAGUAGCAGCUCAGGACGUGUAUGGCAUUUGUUUUUCGAAAAGUGACUCGUUGUUGAUAUUUGAUGUGAGUGUGUAUUUUUGGAAGGAGUCUCCAUUGUCAUUUUGUACCAGAUGUACAGCUGUAACUUUUUUUUCUUCCCCCGAUGCAGGAAAAUCUUCAGGACAGAUUGCUUUGUGGUUUCUCUCUGACAUUACAAGCUGCAUUCUUUUUUUUUUUCACAUGAGACAAAAAGUGAGAAGAGUCUGGUGUUGACUGUUUUUAGCUGCCUUGGCAGGUUUGCAGACAUUAAAUGACAUUAAAUAAAACUAUAAAUGAA